AUGAAUCUCCCUGCAGCAGCAGCAGAAGAAGAAGCAGCAGAAGCAGCAGUAAUAGCAGUAGCAGCAGCAGCAGCAGCAGCAGAAGUAACAGCAGUAAUAGCAGUAGCAGCAGAAGCAGCAGAAGCAGCAGUAAUAGCACUAGCAGCAGCAGCAGCAGCAGAAGUAGCAGCAGUAAUAGCAGUAGCAGCAGAAGCAGCAGCAGGAGCAGAAGCAGCAGUCGCAGCAGCAAAAGCAGCAGCAGCAGCACCAGCACCAGCACCAGGAGACACAGCAGCAGCAGCAGAAGGAGCAGCAGGAGACAACAGCAGCAAUCGCGAGUUUCCCUCGGCGUUGCUGCUGCUGCUGCACCCAUAA